AUGGGACACGGAGACUGGUCUAAGGGACACGGAGACUGGUCUAAGGGACACGGAGACUGGUCUAAGGGACACGGAGACUGGUCUAAGGGACACGGAGACUGGUCUAAGGGACACAGAAACUGGUCUAAGGGACACGGAGACUGGUCUAAGGGACACAGAGACUGGUCUAAGGGACACGGAGACUGGUCUAAGGGACACGGAGACUGGUCCAAGGGGCAGGGACACGGAGACUGGUCUAAGGGACAUGGAGACUGGUCUAAGGGACACGGAGACUGGUCUAAGGGACACAGCGACUGGUCUAAGGGACACAGAGACCCCAUGAGACUGGUGGUGGACCUCCCGCAACUCAUGCUGGAGGAGCCGCAGCCCGCCGCGCUGGGGGCCACCCUGGGGCCGCGCAACUCCACGCCGGCUGGGGGCGAGGGGCCGCAGCAGCACUCCUUCCCCUGGGCGGUGACGCUGCUGGCCGGCGUGCUCAUCACCACCAUCGUGGUGGACGUGGUGGGAAACAUGCUCGUCAUCUUGUCCGUCUUCAGGAACAGGAAACUCAGGAAAACUGGAAACGCCUUCGUGGUGAGCCUGGCGCUGGCCGACCUGCUGGUGGCCAUCUACCCGUACCCGCUGGUGCUGUCGGCCAUCUUCCACGACGGCUGGAUCGCCGGCUACAUCCACUGCCAGAUCAGCGGCUUCCUGAUGGGCCUGAGCGUCAUCGGCUCCAUCUUCAACAUCACGGGCAUCGCCGUCAACCGCUACUGCUUCAUCUGCCACAGCCUGAAGUACGACCGGCUCUUCUCGGGCGCCAACACCGUGGGCUACGUGGCGCUGGUGUGGGCGCUCACCGUCCUGGCCAUCGUGCCCAACUGGUUCGUGGAGUCGCUGCAGUACGACCCGCGCGUCUACUCCUGCACCUUCGCCCAGUCCGUCAGCUCGCUGUACACCAUCGCCGUGGUGGUGGUGCACUUCGUCCUGCCCAUCGCCGUGGUCACCUACUGCUACCUGCGCAUCUGGAUCCUGGUCAUCCGGGUGCGGCGCCGCGUCAAGCCCGACUCGCGGCCCAAGAUCAAGCCGCACGACCUGCGCAACUUCCUCACCAUGUUCGUGGUCUUCGUGCUCUUCGCCGUGUGCUGGGCGCCGCUCAACCUCAUCGGCCUGGCGGUGGCGCUGGACCCCGGGCUGGGCCGCGCCAUCCCGGAGUGGCUCUUCACCGCCAGCUACUUCAUGGCCUACUUCAACAGCUGCCUCAACGCCGUCGUCUACGGCGCCCUGAACCACAACUUCAGGAAGGAGUACAAGCGCAUCGUCCUCAUCAUCUUCAGGUUCCACUGCUGA